GGCUACACCCGCCUGCCUACCCGUGAAGAUAAAGAUACAAAAAGGCGGCAGGUUGGCGUGACGUCGCACCGGCGCUGAGUUGUUGAUCUGCUGCUGCUGCCGUUUUUUCUUUCUGGUAUCGAGACUACACGACGAGCAUCACGGGUUUUGGUACUGGAUUGACCGCGUACUGCACUUGUAACGCAUCCCAGCGAAGAAGACGAACUCCUACCUACCUACCUAUUCAGCGAGGUCCAGCCAGGGAACGAACGACCCUGGAGGCGCCUUCCCCGAGCGCGUUUGCCGCAAGGAAGUAAGGGAAGGAAGCAAGGACGCCGAGAGUAGAGCAGAGCAUCGUUCCUUCCGCUGCAUCGCUCGCCGGCCACCGGUCACCGCCAACAUGUCUGCCAUCCUCGGGCCUCGCAUCGGCCGCCGACGACGCUCCCGGUCACCCCCUCCAAGGUCGGGCUCCAUCAUCAGCCGCUCGAUCUCCGUCUCGCCGCCGCCCUUUGGCCGCCGCGGCUCCAGGCGAAGCGUGCCCAUCAGGAUGGCCCCUCCGCCUUCGCCGUCGCCCGCGACCCGGCCCCCGAAGAAGCAGCAGGCGCCGCAAGAGGCCAUCGACGAGUUCUGGGCCAAGUUCACCACCAAGAAGCCCGGCAAGGCGACGAGGGUCAUCCCCAGGAACCAGUUCGUCGACCGCGUGACCAAGAAGAGCGCCGAGGGCACCACCGCGGACGGCACGGCAACGUCGGCCACUGCGUCGUCGUCCGCUUCUGGGUCAAAUAGGACCACGACCCAGACCAGCUACGAAGGCGCCGCGGCUAUGUGCCGCGCCAAGGUGGCCAAGAUCGUCAAGGAGUGCCGCCGCGUCAACAAAAAGUACCGCGAUCCGCACUUCGACCUCGAGUCGGAUCUCAAGCUCGGGCGCCGCGACACCCUCGAGUCGCUCGGCAACAUCCGCGGCGCGCGCAAGCCCCCCGGCAGCGACUUUUGCCCCCGCAGCGCCAAGCGCGUCACCGAGAUCUUCGACAAGCCGCAGUUCUACAUCGAGGGGCCGACCGCAAACGACGUGAGGCAGGGCCGCGACGGCGACUGCUGGCUCAUGUCGGCGCUCUGCACGCUGAGCAACAAGAAGGGCCUGAUCGAGCGGCUCUGCGUGGCGCACGACCAGGCCGUGGGCGUGUACGGCUUCGUCUUCCAUCGCGAUGGCGAGUGGAUAUCCGAGAUUGUGGAUGACUUUCUUUACCUCACAAAGUCCGAUUACGACGAAAGCUACACCGACAGGGUCCUCUUCGACGAGUGCGAGCGCGUCAACCCCGAGGAGGCGUACCGCAGAAUCUACCAGUCUAACAGUGGCUCCCUGUACUUUGCCCAGUGCGAGCAUCCUCAGGAGACUUGGCUGCCGCUCCUGGAGAAGUGCUACGCAAAGGCCCAUGGCGACUACGCUGCCAUCGAAGGUGGCUUUGGAGGCGAAGGCAUCGAGGAUCUUACCGGCGGCGUCACGUCUGAAAUAUUCACCACCGACAUUCUCGACAAGGAACAUUUCUGGAGUGAGCUUCUCAGGGUCAACCAAGAGUUCCUAUUUGGCUGCAGCACCGGUGUCUGGGGGGAGUCGACCUGGGGCGAGCGCAAAGGCAUCAUGGAGCGCCACUCCUACUCCGUCCAACGAGCCGUCGAGAUUGAUGGGAAGCGCCUCGUGCGCCUCAAAAACCCAUGGGGCAAGGGCGAAUGGAAGGGCCCGUGGAGCGAUGGAUCCAAGGAAUGGACUCCUGAAUGGCUCGAGAAGCUCGGGCAUCGCUUCGGUGACGAUGGAGAUUUCUGGAUAGCGUACGAAGACCUCCUGCGCAAGUACCAAGCUUUCGAGCGAACUCGGCUUUUUGGCGACGAAUGGAGCAUCACUCAAAUCUGGACCACCCUCAACGUGCCGUGGAUGGUAAACUACCACGACACAUACUUUUCGCUGUCCAUAACAAAGCCUGGUCCCGUCGUCCUGGUCCUCUCCCAGCUUGACGACCGAUAUUUCCGCGGCUUAGAAGGCCAGUACCGCUUCGAAUUGGGUUUCAGACUCCACAAGACUGGCCAAGAAGAUUACAUCGUGCGCAGUCAAACCCCGUACCGCAUGCGCCGUUCUGUCAAUGUCGAACUGGAUCUGGACGCCGGUGACUACGAUGUCCGUAUCAAGAUUGAUGCGUGCCGUUACGAAGACUUGUUGCCCAUUGAGCGAGUCGUCCGUGACAACGCCAAGGACUGCCGGGAGAAGCUCACGCGUAUCGGGCUUGCCUACGACUUAGCGCACGGCAAGGGAAAGGUGCUGGAGACUCCCGAGGAGAAGGCUGCGCGCAAAGCACAUGAGAAGAAGCAGAAAGACAAGGAACGUCAAAAGAUGAAGAAGGACAUACAGAAAAGCCGGGAAGAGCAACACUACCUCAAGAAGAAGCAGUACGAGCGGGACGUUGAGAGGCAGCGAAAGAUGCAUGAGCAGCGCAAGGCCAAGAUGGCGGAGAUGAACGAGAAGAAGCGCGCGGCCGGCGUGGACCCGAAGGCUGGACAAGCAAAUGUCAUGCUGAGGAACGGCAUGAACGGCAGAGGGCGUGGUCGCUGGACGAACAGAGGUCCUGCGCCUCUUGUGAACGAAACGUCGGCUGAGCCAACUCCGGAUGGCACGGCGGCACCUCCAGUUGAGGAGCCGAAGCAAGAUGUCGCUCCUGCAGACGCCGUGGCCAAGCCUGACAUCGAGACACCGCCAGUCGUUGAGCCGAAGCAAGAUGCAUCCCAGCCGCAGCAGCAACAACCGGCGUCCGGACCGCAGCAGCAACAGCCAGUGCCUGGGCCGCAGCCGGUUCAUAGGCCGAAGCAGUACAUGCCGCCAUCGAGGCAUGCUGGGCGGCCUCCUAAUGACGCACGGUCAGUCUCGCGGCCGAAUGCCGGGCAUGUGAUGAGUGGUAGGGCCAAGCAGCUCGCUCCACCAAACAUGGACAGCGAAUGUGAGCUUUCCGAAGGCCCCUUUGGCGGGCAUUACGAGUCUGAGAGCGAGCCGUGCUUCAACGACUUUGACUCCCUAUCUGAGCUGUCUGAACGGGAGCUGGACAUCCAAGUCGACGACAUUCGGCGCAUAGAAAAGAACCGGCCUCCGCCGCCCCCUCGUGAAGGCCAACCCCCCGAGGAGGAGCCAGAUGAAUUCGAGCGCGAUCCCUGGAACGCCGUCGCUGUUGUCGGCCUGCGCGUGUACCACAAGCCGGAGUCGACCCUCUUGGGCCCUGACGAUAGCGCUGCUGAACAGGGCGAAGACACGCCUGUCCAUGUCGACGUGGUCAAGCUCAAGGUUGUGCGCCCGAACCCCUACGCCUCGAGCGACGAGAUAGACGAGGAGGAGAUGAAAAGCAAGGAGCUGGACGUGGACGACAGCGCCAAGGAUGCGACCCUCGUGGGCGGCGUGACGGACCGCAAGAAGAGCAUUAUGGGUAACAACCGUCAGCCCUCGUAACGGAUUCGAGGAUGUAGACCCCCGAGUGCUGGCAGAUGUAGGACUGUUGUCCUCGAUAUUGCGACUUGACGACGCCAGAGAAUGGUUUAUGAAAGUGGCUUAAUGAUGUCAAGACUGCUUAGACGCGAAACAACGACACGACAGCCCUAACGAGGUCUUCUUGGAUGAUUUGGUCCGCGCACGAAGGGACGAGAUAAACGAACGAGAUUGGAUUAAUUGCGCGCGCUGGAUGGGGCCUGACUUUGGGGGUCCCUUGUAUGCUGUACUCUCACGGCCUCUUUCCCCUAGCCCCUAGCCCCUUGGCCUGGCCCCUUUUCACCCCUUUCCCCUCAUCCCCGCUACCUAGCAGACGCCGAUGAAGCGUUCCAUGAGAUUACGACCUGAGAAUCAUCUACUCGACUCUGAAUAUACACAAGAAUGUCUCCUUUCCC